AUGAAAAAGGCAAUAACUGCAGAACAGAUAACGGAGUGGUUUACUAUUGGGACCCAGUUUGCCAACAUCAGAAUUACAGAUGACGGACAAAAAGACACCAAGAAAACAGAGGAAGCAACCAAAGGAGAUGGGAGACGGUUGGUCCACGCCUCCAUCGGCCGGAGCGGCUGCCGCUCCUCCUCCUCCUCCUCCUUGCUGAGGAAGUCCUUCAGGACUUGCUUGAAGACGUACACCAGCUCCCAGGGCAGGAUGUUGUUGCUGGCCAGCACUUCACGGAACCUGGGCCGCUGCGACAGCAGCCCUGCCUCUUGGCCCGCUGUCUCCUCGCCUCCGUCACCCCGGCACCGGGGGCAGGGGCUGGAGAACGGCUCCGAGAGUCCCCCCGCUACGCGCCCGUCUCCCCCUGCCGGACUGCGGGCGUUUGACACCCGCUGCUGCUUCUCAUCUCCCAUUCGAAACGGGAAAGCGGACACGCUGACAGGGCGGGGAGGCAGAAACGACUGGAAACAUUUGGUAGAUGGAGGACGUAAUCGGCUAAUCGCUGCAGACCCGGUUCAGACGCUGCGGUGGUUUGCAAAGCCCGGGGCGCGGGGUUACCUGGAGAGCACGGUGGCGGUGUGCGCGGGCUGGAUCUGGGCGCACAGGUACUCCAGCUGCUGGCGCUCGGAGGGCGGGAUGAGCGAGCGCAGGCUGGGCAGCUCGCGCAUCAGCGUGCGGCUCGGCCCGCCCGGCGCCUUGGGCACCCCCUGCACCCGCUCGCUCUCCCCGCGCGGCCACUUCAUCCACCCGAACAGGGGCAUCGUGGGUCUGCGAGGGACCGGGGAGCGGGGGGAGGGGCAGGGAGAGAGAGGCGUGCUGAAGCUCUGCUCGGCUUUGGAGGGACUGUCCUCAGACCCCACCAAGCAACAGGCAAGCCCAGAGAGCGACAAGUCGGAGGGAGUUCUGAAGACCAAGCAAGGGAAGGCAGACCUCUUGGGAAGCACCCUGGCUCCACAGUUAGCCGACUACGAAUACCCCAGCCUCCCCAUCACCAAGCACCGACAGGAGCUGAUCUCCCUGAUUGAGAACAACUCCGUGGUGAUCAUCCGAGGAGCCACGGGCAGCGGCAAGACCACGCAGCUGCCCCAGUUCAUCCUGGACUACUACAGGGAGAAGGACGCGCCGUGCAACCUGGUGGUCACCCAGCCGCGCAAGAUCGGCGCCAGCAGCAUCGCUCGCUGGGUCGCCCGCGAACGCAAGUGCACCCUGGGUAGUCUGGUGGGGUACCAGGUGGGUUUAGAGAAGGUUGCCACAGAACACACCAGACUCAUCUACAUGACAACCGGGGUGUUGCUGCAGAAGCUAGUAAGUGCCAAGAGCUUGACUGAGUACUCCCACAUCUUCAUCGACGAGGUCCACGAGAGAACCGAGGACCUGGACUUCCUGUUGCUGGUGGUGCGGAAGCUGCUCCACUCCAACUCGCGCUUUGUGAAGGUCAUCCUCAUGUCUGCCACUAUAAACUGUAAGGAGUUUGCAGAGUACUUCAGCACGCCCAUCCGCAGCCGGAUGAACCCGGCCUAUGUGUUUGAGGUAGAGGGCGCCCCCUACACCGUCGAGGAGUUCUACCUGGAUGACCUGUGCCGGCUGCUGCCCUGCAGGGUGGACCCUAUACAUGCUGAUGAUCCCUGCAUCUCUGUAGAGAUGUACAACGUGGCUGUCAGCCUCAUCCAGAGCUUUGAUGAGCUGGAGGCCAAAGAUCAGAGCACACAGACGGAGAAGGAGGGCUGCUCAGGUCUGCCAGAACGCGGGAGCGUGCUGGUGUUCCUGCCUGGCCUGGCAGAGAUCCACUACAUGCAGGAUGCCCUGGCCAAGCUGGUGCGCAAGAGGCUGCAGGUGUACCCACUGCACUCCACAGUCACAUUGGAAGAGCAGAACGGGGUGUUCCUUGUACCUGUCCCAGGCUACAGGAAGAUCAUCCUCUCAACCAAUAUCGCCGAGAGCUCUGUAACUGUCCCAGAUGUGAAGUAUGUGAUUGACUUCUGCUUGGCGCGACACCUGGUGUGCGACAAAGAAACCAAUUUCCAGUGCCUACGUCUCACCUGGGCCUCCAAGACCAACUGCAACCAGCGGCGAGGUCGGGCUGGCCGAGUGUCCAAGGGCUACUGCUACCGGCUGGUGACCAAGGACUUCUGGAAGAAGGAGAUCCCGGACUUUGUGGUCCCCGAAAUGCUGCGCUCUCCCCUGGCCAGCACCAUGCUGAAGGUGAAGCUGCUGGACAUGGGGGACCCGCGCUCCGUGCUGUCCACCGCCCUGUCCCCCCCCAACAUCGACGACAUCGGGAGGACCGUGCUGCAGCUCAAGGAGCUGGGUGCCCUGUCAGUGAAGCAGGAUGAGCAGGGUCAGAGCUGCUACGACGGAGAGCUCACCUUCCUGGGCCGAGUGCUGGCUCACCUGCCCGUGGACCUGCACCUGGGCAAAAUGAUCGUACUGGGCCACGUCUUCGGCUGCCUGGAGGAGUGCCUCAUCAUAGCUGCCUCCCUGUCUCUGAAAAGCUUCUUUGCCAUGCCCUCCCUGCAGCGGCUAGCAGGAUAUCGGAGCAAGCUGGCGUUCGCGGGUGGCGUGCCGAGUGACUCCAUCGCUUUCGUCAAUGCGUUUAAGGCUUGGUACACGUCCAGGAGCAAAGGGGAGUUCCGACACCCAAAGGAUGAGCUGGAGUGGGGCAAAGAGAACUGCAUCCAGAUCAAGAGAAUCAGGGAGGUGGCCGAGCUGUUUGAGGAUCUGAAGAAGCGCGUGGCACAGUUCAACAUGCACUUGAGCGAAAAGUCGCCACCAACGGACUACGCAAACGUCCACAAGCAGAGGUUCAUUCUGCAGAUUGCAAUCGCUGGAGCUUUUUACCCCAACUACUUCUCCCUGGGGGAAAUAGAUGAAGAACUGGCCUCUAAAGACCUGUCUGGCAACGACCCAAAAACAACAGUCAUGGUCAGGAACUUACCUCCUUACAGCUUCCUGUACUACAAGCAGCUGCAGUCCCUGUUCCGGCAGUGCGGCCAGGUCAAGGCCAUUUCCUUUGAUGGCUCCAGAGCGUACGUGGAGUUCUUCAGGACCUCCGCAAAGCACUUUGGCGUGCUCCCCGAGGUGUCCCUGGCUCUCCUCCUGAGCCACCAGCGCAUGCCCCUGAGUCUGUCCGUGCACCCCACCGAAGAGGUGGAGGCCAAGGCCGGCGGCAGGACCGUGUCCCCCCUCCGAUACGCACGGGUGAAUGUGGACUUUCAGAACCACUCAGUCUACCCAGUGGGUAUCCUGAGCAGCACCACCGACCUGGAGAAGCUGCCCCCGAAUCCAAACUUCAUUGUCAGUAUCACAGAGGUGGUGGAGGUGGGUCACUUCUGGGGCUUCCUGGCGGACGAGGCCAGCCUGGAGAAGCAGCGGCGGAUGACGGCGGCCAUUAACUCGCGCGAGCUGAGGCGCGUGUCGGUGUCCCUGUACCCGAGCCUGCUGUGCCUGGCGCCUUUCGAGUCCGAGGAGACGGGCCAGUACUUCAGGGCCAAGGUCCUGCACGUGUGGGGCAACAGUGUGGAGGUGUUUUUCGUGGAUUAUGGCAACACCACACAGGUGAGCUGCAGCAGUCUGAGAGACCUGCCUGCUGACCUUGCCACACCGCCCUUCCAGGCGCAGGAGUUCCAGGUGGCCGGCAUACGCCCCUCGGCGCAGUCCAUGAUCCUGGGGGGCCAGUGGAGCUGCGGCGCGCGCAACCGCUUCAUCACGCUGGCCAACGGCCGCUCGCUCAUCGUCUCGCUCUUCUCCAUCCUGCACGGCGUCAUGCGCGUCAGCCUCUUCAUCAGCACCGACACCCUCAGCACCAGCGUGGCGGACAUCAUGGUGCAGGAGGGCCAUGCCCAGAAGGCGGAGGAAAGCUUCGAGUCCAAGCAGAGCCACGAGGUGCUGCUGUCCCUCUACAAGGACCUGGAGGAGGGCACCUACAUGGGCAACAGCACCAGCAGCUCCUGGAACACACGCAAGGAGGAGGAGAAGGAGCUGAUCGACAGCCUGCUGGAGGCCUUCUCCAGAACCAACCAGGCCUCGCUUAAGUGCAAGGUUCCGGUACACGGCCCAGCCAGUCCUCACAGAGCCACCUUCCACAGCAUGAGUAAUGUGUCACAGUACAGGUCAGUGGUAAUAGACAGGGACAGUAUCAACUCUGUGGCUGUGAACGACAGUCCUGAAGACAAACACCUAAGGAUGCUGGUGGCCGGGUUUGUGUCCGUCAGCAGUUCAGGCUCUCACAUUCUCCUGAAGGAGACCACCCUGCUGCCCAUGAUCCACGGCCUGCCCUCCCUGCUCUGCAUGCUCUUCACCCCCAUCAUGGAGCUCCGCACCAACGAGGAGCGAACCUGCUACUCUGGCGCCCUCUGCGGGCUGGGAUGGAACCCGCUCACCCAGGAGGCCGUUCUGCCCGAGCACGACAUGGAGCUGGCCUUCGAUGUGACGUUUGAUGUGGAGGAUAUCACAGAGAUCAACGCCCUGCGAGGGGACAUCAACCGGCUUGUGUGCGAGGGGCCGAACGGGCCCCUUCACCUGGGGCCCGAGAGGGUGAGCCGCCUGCAGGAGAGCGCCAGGGACCGCCUCAUCAGGCUGUUUACAAAGUCACCCCCAAGAGAGCACAUCACCCCUUGUUACUAUGAGAAACCCAAAGAGUGGAACCAGGUUGAGCCCAGCCAGAAGAUGGAGCUACUGCAGAAGGAUGACUUGCACAGCCGAGGUGUCCUGUUCCAGCUGCACCCCGUCACUCUGCUGGCCAUGUGA